GUGGUAUGCAGAGUGUUUAGUCACCUUGCCCUAAGUAAAGCUACAUACAAGAGGCAAAAAUAUGUUCAAGACAAGUCCAAAUUUUGCUCGAAAAGGACACCAACAAAUCACAGGCAGCGAAGCGGACGAAAAGGACCGCAUAAUAGCUGGGGUCCAAUUUAUUGUCCGUUACAUUGGAUCUACAGAAGUGGCCUCCGCAAACGGGACAGGUAGCGGAAAAACUGAAAAACCCGUCGCCCACGUGUUUGACCAGCAGAGAAGAAAAGAAAAUGGAAAAACGCAUAAGAAACUGAUUUUGACACUGUGCUCAAAGAACCUAAGCGUCACUGACGAAGCUUGUGGUAAACUAAUCGCCAGUUUUCCUAUCUCGAAGAUUACAUUCUGUAACCUCGACAAGUUCUACGAGAAGGCCUUCGUCUUUGUUGCGCGUGACAAACCCGAGAAUCCCUUCAAAGCAUUUGUCUUUACCUGCGAAAGUAAAACCAAAGCCAGAGAAGCUUUCAAGGCGCUCUCACUGGCGUUUAUUAUCAACUACGAAUGCUACCAAGCAUCUCUUGCCCGCUGUGCGCCGAACGGGAAGGGAACAACCGGUGACCGCUCACCCAAUAGUGAUGAACAGAAAAGCAAUUUUCUCAACCGAAUGGCCGACGCUGGGUUUGACGAUGGUAAGGAAUCUUCUUUGCAGGUUCCGAGCGGUAAUGGUCCGUCCAACAAAGAAAGUAUCCCAACCACGUUACGUAAAUUGGCCGUUAAAAACGAAACUGUCCUGAUCACUGACUGUCGUAAGCAUACAAGGAGCGCGUCGGAUCCUACUCAAAUUGGAAAAACCAGGACGCCCAAUCUUACUCCGUCGCCUUUGAUAACUGUUACAGCAACUAACAACAGUAAAGAUGGUGAGAUGGAGGAAGAAUUCACUGAAUUCGCUGAGCUGAGAUCAAAAUGCCGAUCGAGUUCCGCGAUCUUCGGGAACAAUCACGCAGGAAGUACCUGGGAAGGUUUCCAGCUCUGUGAAGGCAGCGCCCCAAACGUUUGGCCGGGAGGCUUUCAGGGUGCAUGCCCUCCAAUUUAUUAAAUACUUGAAGCUUGUUGUUUCCCCGUUUAUUUAGGAAUGUUAACAUUUUAUUUAAUGUAAAGGUUUUAAUAGCGAUAUUGUUUUCCCAAAGUGAAACAAUCACUGUGACAAAAUUUGUGAGCAUUUUAGUGGCAGGUUAUUGCGUCUAAAUGCCUUGUUUUAGUUUCGAUUUGUUUUAUACAACUCAGUUACCCAAGUCUUAGAUAGAAAGGUGUGAAAAUUAACAAGCAGGGGUGUUCGAAUAAUUUUCACCCGAAGAAUUUCAUGUGAUACGCUGUUUAUAAAUAAAAACCUGACCUCGUGUCGAGAUGGCUGGCUGUCAACUCACUUGACUUUAAGAUCCCCAUAAAUAGAAGAAACUUUCCGGUGAAAAUCUCAACAUUACGAGUAUAGUGCGCUACGACUUACGAAAAAGGUUGCAAACCAUUGUUUACUUUUCAUGGCCCAUGUGGCUUGGAAUCUUAGCCUUUGGGAAUAUAAAUAAACGGUACUUUGUCUUUAAAUGCUUAAUACAAACCUUGACCUCGGUAUACCUAUACCGCAGAGUUUCGAUCACUUAUCUUGUCAUAAUCGCUUUAGGAUGG